CAGUGUUUUGAAUUUAAUAUGGAGAACAUCAGCGAGGUAGAAUCAUUUUCACAGAAUGAUUCUGUUUCAAGUACUGCUUCAAAUGUAAGGUACCGAGAUGUUAUUUUACCAGAAGAGCAGUCAUUACUUCAAAUUUUACAAAGAGCAAUAUUAGAAACUAAUGAAGAACAUAUUGCAUUUGGAAAAGAAAUUUUACCAUUGUUGGACAAAUUGAAUUUGGAAGUACAAACUUUACCUAAUGAUAUUAAAGAAGGAUUAAGAAAGAUAGCUUUAAUUAUGAAGUUCGCAAAACUGUCUGACUUUAACGAUGUUACAUUAAAUAUAGUAAGGGAAAGAGAAAAAAUAGAAGAGAAGAGAAAACAACGCGAGGAAAAACAAUUAUCAUUAUUACAUGAUGAUCUUUUUAGGAAACAUAAUAUAUUUACAAAAAAACUUAACUCAUUACAAGAAGCUGUAAAUUCUGUUGAAUCCUUCAUUGAAGAUGCUCGUAAAGAACAAGAAGAUAAUUAUUGUAAUCGUGUUUCAUUAAUGGUAAAGUUAAAGGAAUAUGAACAAACUGCAAAAAAAUUGGAAGCUGAGUUAAUGGAUAUGCAAAUUGAAGAUCUUUAUCCACAAAAGAUAUUAAAUAAAUAUCAUAAAUAUUUAGAAAUGUCAGGGGAAUUAGCAGAACUUAAUCAAUAUCUUAGUCAGUAUGGUGAUUUGCCACCAAAUUUACUGCAAGCUAAAGCUUUACUUGAAGUGAAACGAAAAGAAUAUGAAACCUUAGAAAAAGCAUUUCUAGAGAAAACAAGUUAUUCUUGAGUGAUAGUUAUAACUAUUGCUAUAAUGAUAACUACAAUUAUGUACUCCUAUUUUUCAUUUUUAUAUAAAAAUAAAGACAAAGUGUAAUAUAUUUGUUAUUGUACAAGUCUUUUUAUUUAGAAACCAUAUUUCGAUUGUGUCUGUUUUCU